AAAAGGUGGUAGUGUCCAUCUCUUUCCUUCUCUCUCUGCACUCUCUGGGUUCUCUCUCUCUGAUAUCUCCUCUCUAUAAAUAUCACAGCAAUGCCUCCAUUCUCCGAUUAAACUCUGUUCUCUGUUCUCUGUUCAUAAUUUUGGUGCACUGUAUUUGUUGGAACGAUUCAGAGCUUUUUCUCCUGGAAGAGACGCGUCGUUUUCUCGUAGCGAACUCCAAUGGAUACUUAUCCGCUGCACAUGGCCAUGGCGGCUCUUAUUGGGGCUUCUGUCGUCGCUGUUUCGGCGUACUAUAUGCACCGGAAAACCCUAACUCAACUGCUGGAGUUUGCCAAGACUGUGGAUAGGGAGAGGGAGCGGGAGCGGGAGGAUAGCUUGGAGGUUGAGUCGCCUCGCCAUUCGAAGAAACAACGAAACCAUGUGCGGCGGAAGGGGAGCGGUUAUAAUCGGCGGGCCUCGGCUUCUUUGCCGGACGUCACUUCUAUUUCCGUCGGGAUUGAUGGCGAGGAGAAGCGAAAUGGUCUGGUGCUGCUCGACGUGAUUCCGGCUGGGUUGCCGAGGUUACACACGCUCCGUGAAGGGAAAAGUUCUACCAAAAAAUCAAUUAGGCCUACUUCACCGAAGUCCCCCAUUGCAAGUGCAAGUACCUUUGAAAGUAUUGAAGGAUCGGAUGACGAAGACGAUACUAUAGCUGAUGAUACUAAAUUAAGUUCAGAAUAUCUGCAUGCUAAUGGAAAUGUGGGUCCAGAGUGUAAGGGCAUAUUUGAAAAAUUGCCUGAUCACAUUAAUGCCACUGGAGAACAGAUUGCCUUGGCUACUUCAAGUAUGAUUCGCUCUCAUAGUAUAUCUGGUGACCUCCAUGGUGUUCAUGAUCCAAUCGCAGCUGAUAUUCUGAGGAAAGAGCCCGAGCAAGAAACUUUUGUACGGCUCAAAAUUACCCCAUCUGAGGUACCAUUACCUGAUGAAGUAGAAUCAUAUCUGGUUCUUCAAGAAUGCCUUGAGAUGAGGAAAAGAUAUGUCUUUAGGGAAGAUGUUGCUCCCUGGGAGAAAGAAAUCAUAUCUGACCCCAGUACACCGAAACCUAAUCCAGAUCCGUUUCAAUACACUUCUGAGGGCAAGUCUGAUCAUCAUUUUGAGAUGCAAGAUGGGGUCGUUCACGUCUAUGCAAACAAAGAGUCAAAUGAAGAACUUUUCCCUGUUGCUGAUUCAACCACCUUUUUUACUGAUCUUCAUCACAUACUUAGAGUCACUGCAGCUGGAAAUAUCAGAAGUCUAUGCCACCAUCGACUGAAUCUUCUCGAACAGAAAUUCAAUCUUCAUCUGAUGCUUAAUGCGGACAAGGAAUUUCUGGCUCAGAAAAGUGCUCCACACCGUGACUUUUAUAAUGUCCGGAAAGUCGAUACUCAUGUUCAUCACUCUGCGUGCAUGAACCAAAAACAUCUCUUAAGAUUCAUAAAGUCCAAGUUGAGAAAAGAGCCUGAUGAGGUUGUAAUAUUUCGGGAUGGUACAUAUUUGACCUUGAAAGAAGUUUUUGAGAGCUUGGACUUAUCGGGGUAUGACUUGAAUGUUGACCUCUUGGAUGUUCAUGCUGACAAGAGCACAUUUCACCGCUUUGAUAAGUUUAACCUUAAAUACAACCCCUGUGGUCAAAGUCGACUCAGGGAGAUCUUCCUAAAGCAGGAUAAUCUAAUUCAAGGCCGUUUCCUUGGUGAGCUGACCAAACAAGUAUUUUCUGAUCUUACUGCAAGUAAAUAUCAGAUGGCUGAAUAUCGGAUAUCUAUAUACGGAAGGAAGCAAAGUGAAUGGGAUCAACUUGCCAGUUGGAUAAUUAACAAUGAUCUGUACAGUGAGAAUGUCGUAUGGUUGAUCCAGCUGCCACGACUUUACAAUGUGUAUAAGGAAAUGGGGAUUGUGACUUCGUUUCAAAACAUUCUUGAUAACAUCUUCAUUCCUUUAUUUGAGGUUACGGUGGAUCCAGAUUCACAUCCGCAGUUACAUGUUUUCUUGAAACAGGUUGUUGGUUUGGAUUUGGUUGAUGAUGAAAGCAAGCCUGAAAGACGCCCCACCAAGCACAUGCCGACUCCUGCUCAGUGGACAAACAUUUUUAACCCUGCAUUCUCAUACUAUGUCUAUUACUGCUACGCCAAUCUCUACACAUUAAACAAGCUUCGUGAAUCAAAGGGCAUGACCACUAUAAAUCUUCGUCCGCAUUCUGGGGAGGCUGGUGAUAUUGACCACCUUGCUGCAACUUUCCUAACUGCUCAUAGUAUUGCCCAUGGAAUCAAUUUGAGAAAGUCUCCAGUGCUUCAGUAUUUAUAUUAUCUAGCCCAGGUUGGUCUGGCUAUGUCACCACUGAGCAAUAACUCUCUGUUCUUGGACUAUCACCGGAAUCCCUUCCCUACGUUCUUCGCUCGUGGUCUAAAUGUCUCUCUUUCUACUGAUGAUCCUCUACAAAUCCACUUAACAAAAGAACCUCUGGUGGAAGAAUAUAGCAUAGCUGCUUCGGUGUGGAAGCUAAGUUCUUGUGACCUAUGUGAAAUAGCUCGCAAUUCUGUCUACCAAUCAGGUUUCUCUCAUGCUCUAAAGGCUCAUUGGAUUGGAAAAGAAUAUUACAGGAGAGGGUCGGUAGGAAAUGAUAUUCACAGAACGAAUGUGCCACACAUUAGGGUGGAAUUCCGUGAUACGAUCUGGAGAGAGGAAAUGCAGCUGGUUUAUUUGGGAAAGGCCGACAUUCCGGAAGAGAUUCAGAAGUGAAGAACAACGGAGAAGUGAAGGCGCGAUGGUUUGAAUUCUCGAUUAUUUGGGUUUCACGUGAUCGACUACUCCACAAAGGAAGGAAGCCAGAUUUUGAUUGUUGCAUACACCAGAUGUCCUGGAACUGGGAAAUGGGAAGGGGAAGGGGAAGGGUACAUACAAAUUGGUAAAAACACAUUUUUUUUGGGAUGAGAUGGGGAGUUGAGAUCCCAAAGGACAGUCUACAAAGAUAUAUGAUCAUUAUAUACGUGCCCAAAAAUAAAUAAUAAUAAUAAUAAGAGGGGGAAAUGUCACAAUAAA